ACAAAAACACUUUUAAUUAUUUUUUUCGAAACAAGUGCUUUUUGCAACAGUAAAAGUUGUCUACACUUCUUAUCAUAUUGAAUUUUUUUAUUUCUAUUGUUGUUUUUAUUUUGCAUUGUGUAAAAAAACGCCGGGUCGUACAAUCAACUUUAUUGAUAAAGCAUUUCUAUCAAUAAAAUCGGUUAAAAUAAGUUUUUAAUAUCAUUAAAACACAGAAAAAAUGUCGUUCUUGGCCAGAAAUUUCUUUAGAGCUCUUCCUCAAGUGGGCAAACAUAUUUUGAAACAGAAUAACAACAACACAUACAAACGUCUUUUGCACCAAACUGCCCCUUUGUUGGCUGUUAAAGUACAACAACCUGCCCCUGAUUUUCAAGGUAUUGCUGUAGUAGGCAAUGAUUUCCAAGAGAUGAAAUUGUCUGAUUUUGCUGGUAAAUAUUUGGUAUUGUUCUUCUAUCCCUUGGAUUUCACUUUUGUGUGUCCCACAGAAAUCAUUGCAUUUAGCGAUCGCAUCCAAGAGUUUAAAGAUAUUGAUGCUGAGGUCGUCGGUGUCUCGGUUGAUUCACAUUUCUCCCAUUUGGUGUGGUCAAAUGUUGAACGCAAGAAUGGCGGUUUGGGUGGCUUAAAAUACCCACUACUCUCCGAUAUUACCAAAAAAAUCAGUUCUGAUUACGGUGUUCUUUUGGAAAACGAAGGUAUUUCUUUACGUGGCACCUUCAUUAUUGAUCCCAAUGGUGUUUUGCGUCAAUAUUCUAUUAACGAUUUGCCUGUUGGCCGUUCCGUCGAUGAAGUUUUACGUUUAAUUAAGGCAUUCCAAUUUGUCGAGAAACACGGUGAAGUAUGCCCUGCUAAUUGGAAUCCUGAAUCAAAUCCCGAUACUAUUAAACCCGAUGUUCAAGAAUCCAAAGAAUAUUUCAACAAACAUGGUUAAAGGGUAUUUAUUAUAAAGUUUUGUAAACACGAAUUGAGUUUUACAAAAGAUUUGCAUAAGAAGUUUUAAAAACUUUUUGUUUGUUAUUGAUUCGAAUAAAAUUCAAUUUCUCAAAAAAAAAA